AUGGUUAUUAUAUCUCUACUAUUCUGUAUACUUCGUUGUACAUCGAGUUAUGACGUUGGCGUUGACUAUCAUGCGAUCGGAACUAAUUUUACAGAUACUGUUUUUAUAACGCAAUUUCACCGGCCAGACAUUCGCUUCACAGUUUUGAAACAGCUCCAAGGAAUGGUUGAUCAAGGUGCCACAUUUGUUUCUCUACGUAUCUGGUUCGUUAAUGAGCCUGGUACAACACCUGAUCAAACUUGGCGAGCGACAUUUCCGAUAACUGAACAGGAAACGGCAAACUUACAUCAAUAUGUACAAGACGUUGCAUCAAUUCAGAGUACAAUCGAUGGUCAUCGCCUGCAUCUAGAUAUUUGCCUGUUAUGGUUAGGCGCUGCCGACUAUACUAUUGGUAAUCCAAUUGAUGGUCUUGGAUACUAUCGUUUAAAUGCCAGUGAUUUUACAUCACGUGUUCAAACGACGAUAGAAAGUGUUGUUCGAGCGGUGAGUGAAGUUAAACGUCCUGAUGGGGUUCUUCUAGUGCAAACAAUAUAUCUUGAUGGAGAGGUGAUGAUCGGUGCAAAAGCGAAUCAAGAUUGGUUCCUUGAAACGAACUAUCCAUAUUUUAUUAAACUCGUUUCGAAUAGUCAAUUCACUCCAUCAAUCUAUUUCAUAGUUGAUGGACUUGAAGAACAUGUACUUCAAUACGAUUACAUCGAUCCUCAAUUUCCUGCAUUGAACGGGCACCGAUCAAUGUAUUGGAUUUAUCGGGGUUUAAAUUUUUUGAAAACUCAUCAAUUGCCACUACCAUCGCGUAUUGAUUUUUCCUGCUAUAUCGAUCGUCAAAAUGCGACAUACCUCAAUUUGACAAAUCAUAUUUUCAAUGACGCCUCGUUGUCUCUAUCUGUUCUCGGAGUGCCUGAUCUAUAUGCUGUGGCAGAAACAUACUAUUUUGUCAAUGCGACACAGAGAAGAGAAUAUGGACAAGCAUUUGCAUCCGAAGCAUUAGUUCACACGCGUUUGAAUCGCUUAAGUUUUUGGACAACACCUGAUGCUGGUGGCAAGGGAAUCGAUGUUGCUUAUCCGUUUGCUAUUCAUGAUUUUCUUCUUCCUUCUUUUCAAAAUCAAAUAAAGAAAGACUAG